AGGCGGAGACUCAACCAGAGACUGUAAAGGACUCAACACAGAACUGUUGCGAGUUGGUUGCCAGCCUGCGACUUAUCGUGCUCACAGCGUGGCGGGCGGGGGCAGAAAGCUGGGAACGAAACAUGGAGGUACAGAGGAAGCUGUUGAACUCUGUGGAGCGCUGCGUGGAUGAGGCGUUGUCUGGGAUCGUCGCCGGUAACGCGGGGCUGGUGCAGCUGGACGGGCACAGAGUAGUGGUCCGCUCUGACCUGGGCACCCUCAAAGGCCGGGUCGCCCUGCUGUCAGGAGGAGGGUCCGGUCACGAACCAGCACAUGCUGGUUACGUGGGGGCGGGAAUGUUGUCUGGGGCAGUGGCGGGGGCUGUGUUUGCAUCCCCUCCUCCAAGCAGCGUGCUGGCAGCCAUCUUGGCCCUGUGGCAAGGCGGGGCCACCGCAGGGGUGCUGCUCAUUGUGAAGAACUACACUGGGGACCGGCUCAAUUUUGGCCUGGCACUGGAGCAGGCACGUGCCAAGGGGGUGCCCGCUGACAUGGUGAUCGUCGCUGAUGACUGCGCCUUCGCACACCCAAGCAAGGCCGGGAGGCGGGGUUUGUGUGGCACUUUGCUUGUUCAUAAGUUGGCUGGAGCCAUGGCUGAAGAAGGAUGGCCCUUGAAGGAGAUCGUCACUAAGGUGACAGAAGCAGUCAAGGGCAUUGGUACGCUGGGGGUAAGUCUGUCUCCCUGCAGUGUGCCUGGCUGCCUGCCCUCCUUUCAACUUCCCCCUGGAGAGAUGGAGCUGGGUCUGGGAAUCCAUGGAGAACCAGGCAUCAAGAGGUCAAAGAGAGCCACUGCUGAUGAGGUGGUGAAGACCAUGAUAGAUCACAUGACUGACCCCUCCAGCCAAUCACAUCUUUCAGUGAAAUCUGGUAGGUCAUCUGGGAUGCAUUGCAGGUUAUGUGGGGCCCUGUCCUGUCUGGAGAUGGCUGUGGUCACCAGAUCUGCCAUCCGCUGCCUGGAGGGGCGUGGCGUGCGGGUGGUGCGGGUGAUGUCAGGAUCAUUCAUGACGUCAUUGGAGAUGGCCGGCGUGUCUCUCACUAUGAUGCUGGCAGACGAGGAGAAACUCAGACUUUUCGAUGCUAAAACCACCGCCCCUGCCUGGCCUAACCUCAGCAGUACAGAUCUGUGUGGUAGAAUCUGCAGUAUAAAACCACCAGAAAAAACAUCUGUGCUUGCGGAAUCUACAAAACAGGAAGGUCCCCAUAGCGAUGUGCUACGGAAGGUUCUGGAGAAGGUGUGCGCUGACCUUCUGCACCGCCAGGAGGAACUGAAUGCUCUGGACCGUGCGGCAGGGGAUGGAGAUUGUGGGAGCACUCAUGCCCUUGCUGCUCAAGCCAUUAAGGAGUGGCUCUGUGGUCAUGUGGUCCCAGGAUGCCCAGGGCAACUGCUGAGUACCCUGGCAGGAUUGGUGCAGGAGCGUAUGGGCGGGUCCUCCGGGGCACUGUACAGUCUGUUCCUGACUGCUGCUAGCCCCCCUCUUAUGGGUCGCGGUGACAUUGCUGCCUGGGCCGACGCAGUGCAUGCUGGGACUGAGGCCAUGCGUCGGUAUGGGGGUGCAGACCCAGGGGACAGAACCAUGCUUGACGCUCUGUGCCCAGCCUCAGAAGAACUUAGGAAACUUUCAUCAGUUCCCUCUGCUGGCGUGAUGGCAGUACUGCAGAAGGCAGUGGAGAGAGCGGAGCUGGGGGCGGAGUCCACCCGUGACCUCACGGCAAAGGCGGGAAGGGCCAGCUACAUCGCGGCCGAGCACCUGACCAUGCCUGACCCCGGGGCUGUGGCCAUAGCCACAAUCCUGAGGUCAGUGCUUGUGGCCCUAGGAGGCAGCAAGUGAGAACGCACACUGUCUCAAUACAGGAAGUCUGCGUUGCCAGUGAGACUAAGGGAGGCAUGGCUGUCUCUCACAUGACUGAUAGCGAUUUGUUUUGGGUAAUACAUUUCUGAAAGCCACUCUAAUAAAAUAUAACACAGAGAGAAAUCUUGAAUAACAGAAUAGGGACCAAUCAAUGCAGACACACUGCAAUGAGGAUAGCGUGGCAUAGUGGUUUACAAUAUAAUAAGAUUGUGGGUUCAAAUCCUAGACUGCGUACUGUUAAGCCAUAACAUGAUGUGCUUCACUGACUAUACAUAGAAUGUACACCUGUGUAAAUGAAUACAAACAAAAGGUGUAUGCUGUACCUUGAUUAGGAUACCCUUUAACUGUAUAAUGCCGUGUGAUGUGUUGCAUUUUAACAGUGAAAUUGGAGAUUGCAGGUGCCAAUCCAUUCAAACCUUAACAGCCACAAACUGCUCUGCCUGUUAGCCACUAUCCAUUGCACUUUAUGGAUGUCAUGUUUGGGAAAUGAAAAUUAUCAUGUAAUUUGGAGCACUAAUAAAUUAUUAUUUUUUAAUUAAUAAAAUAAGUUUGCACAUGCUAA